CAAACAAGGACGUCAAGUUUUCUGUAUUUAUGCCCACUCUACCAGUUCCAACACUUUCAUCUGGAUAAUGAUGAGGAUGAAUACUACAACGAUCCGCCCAAGGCCCCUGCUAGAUCUUGUAGCGGUGGCAGAGUUCUUGGCGCUGGCGUUCCUUCUCCGGCCAGGUUUGACGGCGGCGGCGAGUGGCCAUGCCGCGGACCGGAUUGUCCGUCUUCCGGGACAGCCGGCAGUGGACUUUGACAUGUACUCAGGAUACAUCACGGUGGAGAAGAGCGCCGGACGGUCGCUGUUCUAUCUGCUGCAGGAAGCGCCCGAGGAGGUCCAGCCGGCGCCGCUAGUGCUCUGGCUCAACGGCGGGCCUGGCUGCUCCUCCGUCGCUUCCGAGGAGCUCAGCGCGUUUCGCAUCAGGCCGCAUGGCGCGGGCCUUUACUUGAACGUGUAUCGAUGGAACAAAGUGGCGAAUAUCCUGUUCUUGGACUCGCCGGCUGGCGUCGGGUUCUCGUACAGCAACACCACUUCUGACCUCUACACCUCGGGCGACAAUAGAACAGCUCAUGACUCCUACAUUUUCUUGGUAAAAUGGUUCGAGAAGUUCCCACAUUACAGGCACCACGACUUCUACAUUGCUGGGGAGAGCUACGCAGGCCACUAUGUCCCGGAGUUAUCCCAGCUGGUCCACCAGAGAAACAAAGGCGUCGACAAACCCAUCAUCAACUGCAAAGGUUUCAUGGUCGGGAAUGGUCUAAUCGACAACUACCACGACUACAGCGGCAAGUUUGAGUUCUGGUGGAACCAUGGGCUGAUAUCCGACGACACGUACCACCUCCUCAGGGACUCCUGCCUCCACGACUCCUUCGUCCAUCCGUCGCCGGCGUGCAACGCUGCACUCAACGUCUCCACAUAUGAGCAGGGAAACAUCGACUUGUUCAGCAUCUACACGACAACCUGCAACGAGACGGCGGCCACCUCGUUGGCGAACCGACGACGGCUGAGGGGACGCUACCCAUGGAUGACUGGAUCGUAUGACCCGUGCACGGACCAAUACUCCACGGCGUACUACAACCGGCCGGACGUGCAGAGGGCUCUCCACGCCAACGUCACCGGCGCCAUAAACUACACGUGGAUGACCUGCAGUUACACCAUCUAUAACAACUGGCGUGAUGAGCCGAGGUCCAUGCUUCCUAUUUACAAGGAGCUCAUUGGAGCGGGCUUAAGGAUAUGGGUCUUAAGUGGAGACACAGACGCAGUAGUUCCCUUGACAGCAACAAGAUACUCCAUCAGCGCUCUGGGUCUUCCAACUACUAUUAGUUGGCAUCCUUGGUAUGACGUUCAAGAGGUCGGCGGUUGGAGCCAUGUAUAUAAGGGCCUCACGUUGGUGACCGUCAGAGGCGCGGGCCAUGAGGUUCCCCUGCACCGCCCGCGGCAAGCGCUGAUAAUAUUUCAGCACUUCCUCAAGGGCAUGCCCAUGCCAGGACAAACUGUUGAGAAAUAA